AUGAAGUUCUCCCUUGCAGCUGCCGUUGGCGCGCUCGCGACCUUCGCGGCCGCCCGCCCUGGUUUCACCAACAAUGAGAUCGUUGUUGCGGAGGGCAAGCCCACUACCCUGACUUGGGAUGGCGCCUCGGCUCCCGUCACCAUCACGCUCAUGACGGGCCCUGAUGAGCUCAGCAUGAAGCCGUUCAAGGUCCUUGACACCAAGGACAGUGGCACGACCUUUACCUACACCCCGACAGACAUCCCAUCGGGUCUGUAUUCUUUCCAGAUUACGGACGGCGUUUCGGAGCCCAACUACAGCGUGAAGUUCCAGUAUACUUCGGCGACUGUCUCGGCAAGCUCCAGCACCUCCGUCACGUCCUCUGCGUCGACUUCGUCAGCCCCCACCAGCAGCUCGUCGACGACCUCUGGAUCAACCACCAGCACCGGGUCAACCAGCUCCACCACUGGCACCACAACCGGCACAACCACCACCAGGCCCACCACGAGCUCAACCGCCACCACCACAAGAUCGACUUCGACUUCCACCCCCAUCAACAACACCAACGACAGCCAGCGCCACUCGGCACCGCUCGCGCUCUUGCUGGUAGCAGCUGCCGCCCUCAUGUUCUACAACUAA